UUACAAUAACAAAAUUGAUUACUACUAGUGAUUAUUAUUAAUGUAUUGAUAAUGAUAUUAUUAAAGUCAAUCUUGAAAUUUUCUAAAUAUAUAAUAAAUAAAAAUUUAUAUCAACCGGCAAGUUUUUUGCCUAUACGAAAAAUGGCGUCUGAAGUAGAAAAAGCUCAAUCCGCAGCUCCUGCUGAUGAUACGAUUUUUGGAAAAAUACUUCGCAAGGAAAUUCCUUGCACAUUUAUUUAUGAAGAUGAUCAGUGUGUUGCAUUUAAUGAUGUGAAUCCUCAAGCCCCAAAACAUUUUCUUGUCAUACCUCGUAAACCAAUUGCUCAGCUAUUUACAGCAGAAGAUGGAGAUGAGGCUUUAUUAGGACAUCUAAUGAAUGUAGCACGAAAAGUCGCAAAACAGGAAGGCCUUGACAAUGGUUUUCGUCUUGUAAUAAAUAAUGGUAGAGAUGGAGCUCAAUCAGUAUAUCAUUUACAUUUGCAUGUUCUUGGAGGAAGACAGAUGCAGUGGCCACCUGGUUAAAGUAUUAAUAUCUAUCUAUUAUAUAUCAUUCUUAUUAAAAAAGUAAAAUAUUACCAAUUAUACAAUAUAAUAAUGCAUCAAAUAAAAAUAAAUCUUUUUAUUAGUUAUUAUCAUUAAAA